CAGAGAUCCAGUCUAUCCCAGACCCCAGUGUUGGGACUAGAGCUGGGUAUCAGUGUGAACCCAGAGGCAGAAGCCUACCAAGAUGAGGACCUGAUAAAGGUGUGGAUGGAGGUGAAACUAAAACCACUGCUCUCCAGCAUCUCCAGAGGGUUCCUAACCUGCCUCAGCAACAAGAACUUCAGCUGCAACACCUACCACACCAUGGUGGAGGAGUUGAGUGAUCAUUUCUCAGAGAUGGAUCCGACCAGACAGAGGUGGAUCUAUAUGUUCUUCAUGUACCCCUUCCUGUCCGGGGAGAGAGCAGGCUGUGUGAGGCCAGGGGAGAACAGUGAGGCCUGGCUGAUCAGGAACUUUGGCUCGUUUAAAGCCGUCGCUCGUAUGAGGGACUUCACAGCCCUCAACAUGGUCUUCAGUGGGCUGGAGGUGCUACACCUGCUAACCCCGGAGCAGAAGGCAGAGUUGUUGUUGCAUCCGGAGGUGGAGGGACUGGAGAAUGGAACCCUGAGUCUGGUGUUCCACACCCUGAUGACAGAGGUCCACUCCCCCAUGGAGAACUCUACCUGGACCACACCAGGGUACCCCAACCCCACCUACCCCCCCUCCUACACCCCCGCGUACCCACCCAGACCCACGUCGGACGACCAAUACUCACCACGACCCCCCUCGCCCCAGGAGAGCCUUCGAGAGGUGGUGAACGGGUUCAUGGGGGUCUUCAGGCCUUUCGGAAGCUUGGUCAGGGAGUUUGUGACGCUCACGCACAAAAAGCCCCUGUCUGAGAUCAGAAGCACCACUCUAACUCAGGUUGUGUUGAACUGGACUCUGGCCGAGCUGGCCGGGAACUACAGGUCCCAGGAAGACGAGCCAGAAGACUGGACGGAGGACAUUUUGGACGUAGAGGACUGGUAUGACCAUGUAGUGGUGCCAGUUCUCCGCCGUGUCCUGCCCACCGACCAGACGCACAUACCUGGCAGCCUCAAGGCCGUUUUCCACAAAGUGUUCUACCUGAACUCAGACAUGGACAGCAUGGACAAUGACAAUAUGCCCCAGGACAUAUGUAGCAUCACCCUAGAGGAGAAGUCAUGUGGGUUGACCAAUGCUGUGGAGAAAGUGGCGCGCGUCCUGCACUGUGUUGCCCGUAGCAACUUGACGUUGUCCGAGGAGACUGUUAUGCGUCUGGUCGUGGAGCUGACCGGGCGGCUCAACUCAUUGGUCCAGAAGUUCUCCGCCGCGAACUUCAGUGAGGUGAAGCACCACUUCCAGGAGGUGUUUGGCCAGGCAGACUCCCCGGCUCUGACCCAGGAGAAUCUCAACGAUCCAGACUUCAUCAGGCUCUGGUUCCAGAUCAAACUGAAGCCCCUGCUUCCCUCCGUCCCCCCCAGCCUUCUCUCCUGCCUCAGCACCAAGAACUUCACCUGCCCCGUCUACCAAGCCCUUGUGGAGGAGCUGAGUGAACAAAUGAAGCUGAUGGACCAGGAGGACGAGCAGAUGUAUGAAAUGCAGGGUCACAUGAUCUACAAACAGUUCCUGUUGCCCUUCCUGUUGAAUCACAACUCCUCAGACCCACAGUGCAUCUCUUCAGCCAGUAGCAGUGCAGACUGGCUGAUCAAGAACUUUGGUGGAUUCUCUGCAUUCGCUCCUCUGAGGGAUUUCUAUGAUCUAAAUGCUAAUUUCUCUGCUUUGUCAGCCCUGGAGGUUCUCUCUCCAAAGCAGACAGCAGAGCUGGUGGUGUUGCCUCUUCCUGGUCUUCCAGGGAAAGAUGUCAUCAUCAACACAGUGUUUGACUUCCUGUCUAAGUCACCAAAGGAGAGGAGACUCCCUGAGUUCCUGUACCACCUCAUGAGGCUGUCUGCGGAGACAACGAUGCCCUGCAAAUCGUACAAAAUCAUCUUUGAGCGUCUGUACCAGGCCGUAUCGUCUGUACCUCCAGAGAUGGAGCCAGUCGUCUGGGCCAACAUAGACAACCUGAUGCAGACCGCUCCAGAAGGUUGUGGAUUGGAUGAACAGUGCCCAUCAACACCAUUUAAUUAUACCAGAGUCUGUGCUGGAGUCAACAGCUAUCCACUACAACACCACCUGCACAUGGGAAAUAUGACAGAAGUUCUAUGCAAUUUCAGCUUGGAACAGUAUGCUUGUUCACAGCUGAAAGACUUCACUGCAGAACACCUGGUGUCUCUUCUGAAAUGUAACCUGCCCGGCAACUCCUCUCACUCUAAAGAGACGUGGAAGGUUCUCCUCACCAAACUGACCUCUGUCUUAGACCAAGCUCUGGACAUGUUCUCCAAUAUGUCCAAACCUGUGAUUGGUCCAGCAGUAUCCCAGGUGCUCGAUGUGAUUGGAGAGAUCCGGGUCAACAGGCUGACUGAGGAUCAGCUGAGAGACAGUGAUGUCAUCAGGAAGUGGUUCUCUGGGCGUCUGAGAGUGUUCCUGCCGUCUGCAUCAGGAGUGUUUCUGCACUGCCUCAGCACCAAGAACCUCAGCUGUGACUCUUACCAACAGAUACUGAGGGAGUUCAGCAAUCAAUUCGAACAAAUGGACCAGAUGAGACAAGAGCUGGUGGUCAAAUACUUCAUCCAGCCCUUCCUGACCAAAAACUCCUCAGACUCUGGCUGUGUGUCCAACUCUAACAGCAGUGUGGACUGGUUGCAGAAGAACUUGGGGCCGUUCUCAGUUCUUGUGUCCCUCAGCGACCUGCUAGGAUUCAACACAGACUUCUCUCCUUUGUCAGCCCUGGAGGUUCUCUCUCCAAAGCAGACAGCAGAGCUGGUGGUGUUGCCUCUUCCUGGUCUUCCAGGAAAAGAUGUCAUCAUCAACACAGUGUUUGACUUCCUGUCUAAGUCACCAAAGGAGAGGAGACUCCCUGAGUUCCUGUACCACCUCGCCAGGCUCUCUGAAGAGAUGAUGCUACCAUGUGACAGCUUUAAGACCAUCUCUGAGCGUCUAUACCAGGCCUUACCGUCUCCAGAGAUGGAGACAGUUAUUCAGGCCAUUAUAGACAACCUGAUGCAGACCGCUCCAGAAGAUUGCUUGCCGAUGAAUAUGAAGUGUCCAAUAACACCAGCGAACGAUACCAGAGUCUGUGAAGGAAAUGCCAGUGAUUCGCUACAUAGUUAUUUGGCGACAUCAAAUACAACGAACGUGCCCUGUAACUUUACCCUGGAGGAGUAUGCCUGUGCAUCGCUGAAAGACUUCACUGCAGAACACCUGGUGUCUCUUCUGAAAUGUAACCUGCCCGGCAACUCCUCUCACUCUAAAGAGGCGUGGAAGGUUCUCCUCACCAAACUGACCUCUGUCUUAGACCAAGCUCUGGACAUGUUCUCCAAUAUGUCCAAACCUGUGAUUGGUCCAGCAGUAUCCCAGGUGCUCGAUGUGAUUGGAGAGAUCGGGUCAACAGGCUGA